AUGGACGUCGUCACUGUCCUGGCUUCCUCGCUGCCUUCCUAUCCGGUAAACGCAAGCCUGCGAGCGGCUUGCAUGCACGGAACAGAAGAAGAGGAUAUUUGGAACGAAACAGAAGCUCAGUGGGAACUAGCCCCACAAUACAAGGAACCGGCGCCGGUAAUCCCCGAAGACUCGGAGCAAGAGGAAACAACCUCGGAAUCAGACUCCGACUCACCAGACCAAACACCGAUCAACACCCGAAACGAACCACUCGCCGACAUAGGAAAAGUCAAACUCCCAGACAACUACACAGGCAACCGCAUUGAAUCCCAGAAAUUCAUGCUCCAAUGCCUUCUUCUUUUCGCAGCAGAAUCCGAUCGGUACAAGACCGAUCAAGACAAGAUAUCCCUCGUGCUCUCAUGCAUGAGAUAUGGCACGGCAGGAGCUUGGGCCGAGAACUUCCUCCUCAAAUCAGUAGGAGCGGACCCUCCCACUGAUCUAGGAACCUGGAGGGACUUUUUAACAAAGUUCAAACUCCAAUUUAGGGAGACAGGCAAGACCGAUAAAGCAUGA